AUGGAAAAAAAGAAGUCGAAAACGAAUCUCUUGCAAAAGUUUGCGGAGAAAUUUAAGAAGAAGAAACGAUCCAAGUCGGCGUCGAUGUCCCGCGAGCGUGGCUCGGAGAUGAGCCGUCGCCCUCGCCGUCCGUCUCGUUCGGCAUCGAAAACGAAGGUGUCUGGUGGAAAUAAGGAAGGAGGAUCACCGAAUGCAUCAGCCGAAACGAAGAGUAAAAUAGAUUUAUUGGAAGUAACAGCGAAGGGAAUCAAAUCGAAAGAGUCGAAGGAAAAGAAGUCGUCAGGGGAGAAGAAGAAAGAGAAGCAGAAUCUCCCAACGCCCACAAAAACUCCGUCAACAAUGGCACUCCGCCGUACGGACAGUCAAAUGGAGGUGUCACAAAACAAUCGAUGCGUCGAGAAACAAAUGAAAAUAUGGAUUGAUUCUCUAGAGAAAAUGGACAUUCGAAAAGUGUUGGAAACCGAAUACGAGGGAAUCGAAAAGAUGAAAGCGGAUGCGGAGAAGUGUCAAGUGUUUGAGAAAAAGUUGGAUCAGUGUUCAUCUGAAUCCAUCGAGUUACUUGAUGCAAAUCGAGUAAAAGGAGGCGGAGAGGAUAAGGAUUUCUUCUAUCACGGAAGCGUCCUCAAUUGCCCCACGACCCCACCGAAAACCACAAUUCUCGCUCAACUUCCACUUAUCGACAAUGCCGAAUCCCUCGAAUCCUUUUGGCUAAUGGUUGCAGCUCAAAAGAUUCAAAGAAUCUAUGUGUUAGCGGGAGAGGAGGAGUUCGACAAGAAGCAACUAUCCGACUACUUCCCAGAUGACUUCAAAGAACACAAAACGAUACGAGUCAAUCAUCGAAAAACACUUCCGAAGACUGAUGAUCAGUUGAAUAAUCAAUUGUAUUAUGAAGUGGUUCCGAAGGAUUGUGCCGAGGCGCCGUUCUGUAUGGUUGAGAUAUGCGACUUUUGGGAUGAUGGGAGAGUUCCGGUUAAAGAUUAUGCAAGAAUUGCCACAACUGCUGCAAGUGUUUUUGAUUCGGAUAUUGACGCCGACGCCUCUUGCGGAAUCGUCAGCUUUUACGGGGCUGGAAGGACCGGUGCAUUCCUCGUUGGAGCAUUGGCAAUUGAGAAGUUAAGAAGUGGAGAGCAGCCGAAUUAUAAGGAUUUUGGCACCUGUAUCCGUUCCCAACGCCCCGGUGCCAUCGAAGUCCUCUCCCAGUACAUUUUCUCCCAUACAAUAGGUCUCACCUAUGGUAUGAAACACUGUAAAGACGCAGGACUGAAAACGAGAAUCGAGAGGCUUAUUGCUCAAUUGGAGACGUUCGCAUGUGCAAAGAUGGCAGAGGAGGAGGAAGAGGACUCGUCUUCAAACGCUACUAAUUCAAACACUUGUGAAUAG